UCUGCUGCACCCCACGGCUAGUCUCGUUGGAAGCGUCAGUUCGAUUGAAUGUGUUUAACGAAAGGUUCGAGUUGUUAUCGUUGUAACUUUCGUUUGGAGAAAAUUAUAUAAUAGUGGAUAAUAUUUGCACAAUAUUACUGUUGCAACGAUUGUUUUUAACAACUAGAUCGUAAAUAGUGUACGGUUGUGGACAAAUCGUCGGAAGUUGCAGUAUUCCUCCUGACAGUGGACAUUGAAGUGAUAGUGACGUCAUAAAAAGCAAAGAAAAUUGUCCUUCAAAGUGAGCACCUUUAUGGUGCCUGGAAGUGAUAAAACUUAAGUUCAAAACACUGCCGUGACCAAUUCUGAUCAGUGUGACGCAAGUUAAUUGAAGUAAAACUGUUUUUCGUGAUUAAAUUGAGUAUUUUUCUAGCUGAAAUAAACAUAACCUCAAACAACGAAAAACCAAAAUAUACUGUGGGAUUGUUUUGUCAGCAGCGAAAAAAAAACAUCAGUCAGUAAAAAAUCGCUUGCUGCGUCAUACGAAAAUUGUAUUGUUUGUACGCUACUAUCACGAAGCUUGCGUGGUAUCAAAAUAUUUUUAUUUUCGUCUCGAUUUACUGUGGAAAGAAAAGAGAGAACACAGAAGUGCACGACUGAAGAAAAACAUCGAUUUGAGUAAUCCAAUUUGAUUCCAUCCAAGGAAGGCGAGUGUGUGAAACACGAACAAAAACUACACGUGAAGCGAGGCAGACGUAGAGGGAACUACGUUUUAUAGUACGAAGACGAUGUGUGCCAAAGUGUUGAAUCCGAUGGUGCUCCCGGAAAUACAACAGCUGCGGUCUCCGGCCGUGAUACGGAGAACAGCUCCGGUAACCUCUCGCAUCUCGGCGGACCGUGUUAAGCGGGCUCUGUUUGGCCCCGUCGACAAGGAGGAGUCCAAGAACAUAUUCGAGCGUGAGCUGGGCGCCCACACCAAAAAGGUCAGCGACAAAUGGGGCUUCAACUUCCAGACCGGCCUACCGAUGGAAAACCACCGACAGUACCAGUGGGAACGGGUUCCACCGACGUCGGCGCCGGUUUGCUUUGCCGGAAUGGUCACACUGACCCCAGCUGCGCACGUUGUGCCGCAGUCUUCGACCGUCUCCGAAAACCUGCUGGAUCAACGCGCGGAGCGGGAGAAUUGCAUCAGCUUCGACCGGGAUGUUCCGCUGUCACCGACCCUAGGAAUCGCCGAUACGAAACUCCAACGGACCAGCAGCAGUAGCCGUUGCUCGCCUACAAAAUCGACAAUACGACAACCGAAAAUCACAGACUACCUCAAGGAACGCAAACGUCUCUCCGGUAAUAUUUCGAAAGCUUCCCCGGCUAAAAAAGCACGUUCCACGCAGUCGUCAUCAACAGCAGCAAUGCCUCGGACUGCCGUGAAUCAACUGAGCAAAUCGGCGUCGGAGUAACAAUAUGCAAAUUAAAUUUUAAUUUCUACCAUAAUUUACUACACCAGAAACAGGACUAGUUCGAAGAAGACUAGAAAAUAGGUGUAGUCGGAGCAAUUCUUUUUAAUAACGAAAUUUUUGCUAGUAUAUAAGUAAGUUUAGAGAACACGCAGCAAAACCCAAGCAGCUGCAGAACAAGUAUUCAAAUUGACCAAUACCAGGCACGAUCGACUGAAUGAAUGCGAACCUCAGGUAGCUCCUUUCGGUCGAUGGUGACCCUCGUAUAGUCGUUUUUUUUCUGAGUGUAAAUAUAUUUCUAAUAUAUGCUUGUAAAUAUACCGCCAGAGGCGGCAAAAGUUAGAAGAAAAAAUCUCCUUGAAAAGCACAUCGCCCUGCGAUGUGCUUAUCAAAGAUGUUUUAUUUUCAACCCCCUCCAACAUGGCAAACUAAAACUAAUUUUAAAACUAAAACCUCCACACUUGAUUAGUGUGUUGGUCCUAGCUUCGAUCGGUUUAUGAAAUUUUGCCAAAUUUUUCAAUUCACCCGUUUGCGGAUUGAAUCAUAGGAAAAUGCUUUUCUUGGUGCGCCACAGGGAAGAUAGGAGAGUAUCCUCCGCAGGCGAAAUGAUCUCAAAAAUGAAGCCUUCCUGUUUGCAAUAGUACUAAGCUCUAGAGUCUGUGGGACAUUACUGCAAUAAUCGGCCGGUUUUUGGGUGCAAUACUUUUGCCCCGGCUGGACUCUCCCUUUUAGCCAAAAAACACGCACACCACACAAGGGAAGCAUUUUCCGUAAAAGGUUCGAUCUUCUACUGCACUCUGUUCCUGUACAAAUUUACCCCGUAAGUCGCUAGUUUUAAUGAUUACGCACAAAUCGUUGCGUACCUUUUGUGCCAACCAAGAGUAAAGCUGGUGGAUAGCUUUUACUGACUAGGAUUAGGACUAAAUUAACACUUCAAAGCAAACAUAGUGCUGUCGAUCUACGUCGAUCUUCGAAUAGGAUUUCCUUCAGAGAGGAUCGCAAUUAGUUAGCUACGUACGUGUGUACGAAGUCUGUCCUGUUUCUCCCCUGGUAUCGCAUUAAAAUAUCUAGUGCAAACCGUACUCUAGGUAAAUAAACAACACACUAUAAUUUAAUAUAUAAACACAUUACCAGAAUAACAUAUUUAUUCUAAGUACACAUAAAUAGAAUCUUCUAUAUUUUGUUUGUUUGUCGACUAUUAUGUAAACCAUCAUGUAUUUUGAUACCAAUAUUGCAUAUAUUCCUAUACUAUUGUUGUCUAUACUGCCGUUCCAAGCAUAACUGUCACAGCAUACAUAAGGUUUGUGUAGAACAUGGGACAACUAUGCUUGGAACGGCAGUAUACGUCUAGUGAGACCCUACAAAGCUCCCCAUUCUAUUGUGUUUAUGACAUUAUUAAGGGACAAUAAUCGAUUCCACAGCUUGACCACAUUUGAAUUAACCACUAAGUUUUUUUUUUUUCAAAAUAAUUAUUACAAACGAUAUUUAAAUUAACAACUUAGUUCAGUCAUCAGUAGAAAUGUGUGCGUAUCUCGAAAUAAAUAAAAGCAACAUGACCUAGCAUA